AUGGCUCCCCUCAAGCUCAACAGCAAGAACCUUUCGCAGAUCGCGGCCGCCGCAGGUGCCGCCAAGGUCAGGGUUCCUACCUACCAGCGUGGUCCUGCUGUUAAGGAGGGAAUUGUCCACGUUGGUGUUGGAGGCUUCCACAGAGCUCACCUGGCUGUCUACGUCCACGAGUUGAUGCAGAAGCAUGGCGUGACCGACUACGCAAUCUGCGGUGUUGGUCUGCAGCCCUUCGAUGCGGGCAUGCGUGAUGCCCUGAGAUCCCAGGACCACCUCUACACCGUCAUUGAGCGUUCGGCCAAGGGAAGCUUUGCCAACGUCGUCGGCAGUAUCAACUCAUACCUCUUUGCCCCUGAUGACCGUGAGGCCGUCAUUGCCAAGAUGGCACACCCUGAUACCCACAUUGUCUCGCUCACCAUCACGGAGAGCGGUUACUACUACAACGAGAACACCCACGAGCUCCAGAGCGAGCACCCUGACAUUCAGUUCGACCUUGACCCGGCCAACGAGAAGGCCCCGCGCACCACUUUCGGUUUCCUCUACGCCGCCAUGGUCCGCCGCCGCCAGCAAGGACUUAACCCCUUCACCGUCAUGUCCUGCGAUAACAUGCUGAAGAACGGUGCCAUCACGCGCCACAUGCUCACGUCGUUUGCUCGCCUGCGCGAUCCCGAGGUCGCGGAGUGGAUCAACACCAAGGGCCACUUCCCCAACGCCAUGGUCGACCGUAUCACCCCUCAGACAUCACCCGCCGACAAGAAGGCGCUCGCAGAGGAGUUUGGCAUUGAGGACUCAUGGCCAGUCGUCACGGAGCCCUUCAUGCAGUGGGUUAUCGAGGACCACUUCUGUGACGGCCGCCCUCCAUUCGAGAAGGCCGGUGUCCAGAUCGUCAAGAAUGUCAAGGAAGUCGAGCAGUUCGAGAAGCACAAGCUGCGUCUGCUCAACGGCUCCCACUCGGCCAUUGGCUACCCCGGUCAGCUGGCUGGCUUCAAAUACGUCCACGAGGUCAUGCAGGACCCGCUCUUCAGCAAGUUCGUCUGGCAGAUGAUGCAGGAGGAGGUGAAGCCUCUCUUACCCGAGAUCCCAGGCGUCGACAUUGAUCAGUACUGCAAGACGCUCAUCGAGCGCUUCUCCAACCCCACAAUCAUGGACCAGCUGCCCCGUAUCUGUCUGAAUGCUUCCGGCAAGAUUCCCCAGUUCAUCAUGCCCUCGAUCGCCGAGUCGAUGUGGGUCACAGGCCCGUUCCGCCGCCUGGUCUUCGUUGCAGCCGCUUGGUUCCGUUACAUCAACGGCGUCGACGACAACGGCAACACGUUCACCGUCGACGACCCCAUGCGCGAGGAGCUUCAGGCCAAGGCUCGCGCAGGAGGCAUCACGACCUUGUUCGGUGACGAUCUGCGCACCGACGAGCGAUUCCUCAAGGAGAUCACCAAGGCUAUGGAAGACAUUGCCCGGGACGGUGUCAUGAAGACGCUUCCCAAGUACGUUGACUAAACGCCACAGCUGGGAGCUUUUGGCUUGGCAUUAAAAAAAAUGGUGCACCUGCGUUUGGCAAGCGUUGUUUUACAUUUUGAUUACGUGCGUAUUUGGGAAAAAACACACGACAUAGAGGGUUGAUAGACAAACAUAGACUGGGCAUUUAAGUUCAUGCUUAGAAAUUCUGUCAUUCGUGAGUAUCUAGAUGCUGAGGAAUCUGAUUUGGGCUCCGUAUUCGGGGCAAAUUUAAUUGAGGCUUAUCUAAUAAUUCUUUUGAGUUGUGACGUACU